UAGUUUACUCUCUAUAAUUAGUGCUUAAGUAUUCACAAUUAUUUGUUACCUCUCCAUAUUUUAUUUAUAACUCGAUGAUAUUUUGGAACUGGAUCUUCAGAAUGCAAACUGUUCAAGCAACGAUCUAAUUUCGUUUUCUUUUCAGUGAACAUGAUCAACAUCACCCGAUUAACUUUGAGUCAUAACAAGCUCCAAGCCGUGCCACCGGGACUUGCAAACUUAGUUAAUCUGGAGAUAUUGAAUCUCUUUAAUAACCACAUUACCGAACUUCCAAUCUCGUUAUCGCAAAUGCCGAAGUUACGAAUCCUUAACGUAGGAAUGAACAGACUGGACGUACUUCCGCGUGGAUUCGGUGCAUUUCCGGUAUUAGAAGUUCUCGACUUAACGUACAAUAACUUAAGCGAGAAGAAUCUACCAGGAAACUUUUUUAUGAUGGAAACCUUAAGAGCACUUUACUUAGCUGACAAUGACUUCGAGUACUUACCACCGGAGAUAGGACAUUUGAAAAAUUUGCAAAUCCUCGUACUAAGGGAAAACGAUUUAAUCGAAUUACCGAAAGAAAUCGGAGAACUACUGCGGCUACGAGAAUUACAUAUACAAGGGAACCGACUGACAGUCUUACCUCCUGAAAUAGGAAAUUUGGAUUUAGUAAGUAACAAGGCGGUGUUUCGAAUGGAGUUUAAUCCAUGGGUUACGCCGAUCGGCGAUCAAUUGCAAGUAGGGAUAUCCCACGUAAUGGACUACAUUCGCUCUGAGACUUACAGAUACGUAUACAAUCGACACCAAAGCGCUAAAGGACCGCCACCAGCGAUCGAAAACGACAAGAGUAAGAAAAUAUCCCGCAUGCGUUGAUACGGGAUUAAGGGAUGGUUGAUUAACAGCUCGAAAUAUAUUUUUCUACUAACAAUACUUCGCUCCUUAAUUCACUGCCAGUAAUCUCAGUGCCUUGACUAUCGACACGUACUUCCACCGCGCAUUUAAAUUCUGGAUGUACGUACAUAUGUAACGUUCACAUCAGAUAAUGUAUUAUAAAAUGUAUUAUUAUAUCGUUUAAAAGCCAUAGAU